AUGGCGGACUUGUCAGCAGCCACUCAGUCCCCGUCUGCGCGCCGAGAGCCCCCGCCUCGGGGAGGGAAGGCGCGGGGAACAGGGGCCGGGGCUGAGGGAGCCCCGGGGAAGGUGGCAGCCCCCGGGGACGGACGUUUGGAAAAUUCCUUUGUUUCUUCCUCUUCCUCUCAGCCUGUAUCUCUAUUUUCGACCUCACAAGAGGAAUUGAGCUCUCUUUGCUCUGAUGAGCCACCUUCAGAAAUUUUGACUUCCUCCUUUCUUUCAUCUUCUGAAAUACAUAACCCUGACCAUACAACACUCCAUGGGAAAAAAAGUGAAGUGUUAGGCAGCCAGCCUGUUAUAGCCAAAGAAGGAAAAGCCCACUUGGCUCUUCUAGAUACGAACAAGAUGGAAAAGCCUCAGGGGACCAGUAAGGACAGAGCAGAGUCUCCAGUUUCUCUUGCACCAGGAGUUCCUUAUAACUGCCCCUCCAUUCCAACCAGUUUCCCAGAACAUCCUGCUUUUCUCUCAAAGGAAGGUAGUCAAGUAGAAGACCAAGUAAAUAAAGACCAAGAGUCCAAGAACCCAAAUGAGGUUCCAAGUAGGGAUAAAACUGCUGAAGAUAAAGAUGACAGGUUCACUUUGCUAACAGCCCAGGAAACGCCCGCUGAGCAUUCUAAGGCAGAAGGCAUUUGUACAUAUUCCGUGUCCCCAUCUGGAGUUUCAAGUGGUGGUAUUAUAGAGAAAGUCUCCCCUGAAUCACCAUUCGAAGUAAUUAUUGACAAAGCUGCAUUUGACAGAGAAUUUAAAGAUUCGUAUAAGAAGAGCACAAGUGAUUUGGCUAGCUGGGCAGUGCACAGUGAUAGAGAAUCACCUACAGACAUGUUGGAGACUAAUGACAAAUUGUUUCCACUGAGAAGUAAAGAGGCAGGACAUUACCCAACCUCUGCAUUGCUCACUAGACAAUUUUCACACACAACUGCAGCACUGGAAGAGGUCUCUAGAUGUGUGAGUGAUAUGCAUAAUUUUACUAAUGAAAUACUGACAUGGAAUUUGGUUCCCCAAGUGAAACAGCAGACUGACAAAUCUGAUUAUACCACAGAAAAUACAGGACUUAAUAGAAAUGACUGUCCUUCAGAAAUUCCAGUGGUAAACCUUAAAAUGAACAAUCAUCAGAAAAUUCCUGUAUGCUCUAUUAAUGGGAGCACUGCCAUAACCAAACCCGCAGGUGACUGGACAAAAGAUUCUCUCCCACAAGAAAACACUGAAAUUGGAAAACCAGUAAGAGACUGUCUGAGUCCCGUAGAAGGAGUCAGUGUGAGAGGUGUGCAAGGCAAUGCACAAAGACAAGAUGACAUGCUUUCAGCAGUACUUGGAUCUCCACACAAAGUGGUUACAGCGAAAGUGGUUUUAUCUGAUGACCACCUGAAGGAUGAAAUAAGUUGGCAGAGCUCAGUGCUAGGAGAAACCACUGAGGCUGAUAGUUCUGGUGAGUCUGAUGACACAGUUAUAGAAGACAUCACAGCAGACAGAUCAUUUGAAAAUAACAAAAAACCUGUUUCCACUCCAGAUGCUGUUGUGAAAACAGAUGAAAGGGAGAUCAAGGAGAUUCCCAGUUGUAAGAUGACAGAAAAUAAAACCUCUAAAAAUUCUAAAGAGCCAAUCAGUGACUCUGAGCUGCAUCAAGUUCUGCCUGAUAUUCUUGGAAGAAGUCCAGUUUAUGAGGAAAUGUCUUCACAGGUACCAUAUACAAACGUCAUAUCGAAAGACAGGAAGCAGUCAGAUACUGUGAGUGAGGUUGCUCCUGGAAACCUUAUUACAACUGACAACCCGAAACUUCCUUCAGCAGUACCUCCAAAUGCAUUUAAUGAGACAAAAUUCUCACUAAAUGUGAUGGCUUCUGCCAAUUUGGAGUCAUUACAUGGAAAACAUGUUAAAGAUGUAGAUGAUUCCUCCCCAGAGGAUUUGAUAGCAGUCUUUACAGAAACCAGAGAGCAAGGAAUAGUAGAUAAAGAGGAAAGAAAUAUCUCUGAAGCAAUAUCAGAAAAGACGACAGACUUUAAAAAAACUCUUUCUUUAGAAGUCUUGCAUGAAAAUGAGUCAGGCAGUUUUCAAAUUGAAAACUUUAAAAGAAAAUACAUUGAACAAAGCAAAGAAACAAAUGGAAAUGAGAUUCUAGGUGUUUUCCCUAACCAGGUUCCAGUGGCAUCUCUUGACCUAGAACAAGAGCAGCUCACAAUCAGAGCCCUUAAAGAACUAGGGGAAAGACAGGCUCAGAAGUCAGCUUCUGCUCAGGAAGAAGAAUUUCCUUCUAAAGAAAGAUUUAAGCAAACAUUUGCUCCAGAAUCCUGGCCACAGAGACCGUAUGAUGUUCUAGAAUAUACAGAUGUCACGAUUGGAUCUGAUCUUGGAAUUUCCAAAAAGCCCACUCUUUUCAAAGAAACUAGGGUAGAUGUUAUUUCCAGCCUUAGCAAGACUGAACUGGUAAACAAGCAUGUCCUAGCAAGACUUCUGACAGACUUCUCAGCGCACGAUCUGAUUUUCUGGCGAGAUGUGAAGAAGACUGGGUUUGUCUUUGGCACCACGCUGAUCAUGCUGCUUUCCCUGGCAGCUUUCAGUGUCAUCAGUGUGGUAUCUUACCUCAUCCUGGCUCUUCUCUCUGUCACAAUCAGCUUCAGAGUCUACAAGUCUGUCAUCCAAGCUGUGCAGAAGUCAGAAGAAGGCCAUCCAUUCAAAGCCUACUUGGACUUGGACAUUACCCUGUCCUCGGAAGCGUUCCAUAAUUACGUGAAUGCUGCAAUGGUGCAUGUCAACAGGGCCCUGAAGCUCAUCAUUCGUCUCUUUCUGGUGGAAGAUCUGGUUGACUCCUUGAAGCUGGCUGUGUUCAUGUGGCUGAUGACCUAUGUUGGUGCCGUUUUUAAUGGAAUCACCCUUCUGAUUCUUGCUGAGCUGCUCGUUUUCAGUGUCCCAAUUGUCUACGAGAAGUACAAGACCCAGAUUGAUCACUACGUUGGCAUUGCCCGAGAUCAGACCAAGGCAAUUGUUGAAAAAAUCCAAGCAAAACUCCCUGGAAUCGCCAAAAAAAAGGCCGAAUAAGCACAUGGAAACCAGAAACGCAACAGUUACUAAAACAUCAUUUAAUAGUUAUAACUUCAUUACUUGUACCAUGAAGGAACAUGCUCAGUGUCAGCUUGAGCCUGCAUUCCAAGCUUUUUUUUUUUUAAUUUGGUGGUUUCUUCCCUCCUUUCUCUUUACCCUCAGUAUCAAGCACAAGAAAUGUUGGAUUGGAAAAAGAACUGAUACCUUAGAGCCCAAAAGAAUAAAGAAAGAAUCAAAUUAGUAGACUAAAUCAUACCUUAAUGGUGAUAGAGGUUUUACCUGUAGCAUGAAAGAGGAGAAAUCAAAGGUGAGAAAAUGAAUGCUAGAAUAAAUUUCUCAGGUCCUUCUAUCCAGUUUAAAAGAACUAGUCUUACGCAGCACCCGUUGUGGUUUCACCCUUAUUUUUAAGUUACAAAAUAAUUAACUUAUGAAGAAACUAUUUGAGGUCAGGAGUGGGAUUUCUUCCCUUGGGUUUUUGGAGGCCCUCCAGUCCCAUCUUCCUGCCUCACACUGUGAGCAGCUAUUCCUAAUAUUCCUCCUCUUAUAACUUUCAACUCUGAAUAACUUAUAGGUGAUAAUGGUAUUUCCUGAUUCCCACAAAUCUGGAAGUAAGAGUGGAAAGAGAACCUGGGAUAGGUGAAGGGAGGGAGGGGCAGGGGCAGGGGCCAGGAGCGCAGCCUGGGCUGCCUGCCCUCUGCUGCUCUUCUCUAGAGGGAAGGGCUCCAGUAGCUGGGAGGGAGGUAACCCUGUCAUUCAUUUCUCUUGGAUGCCAGUUCUUAGCUUUCAUUGGAGAACAUAUUCUCAAGUGUGCUUCCCCUCUCUUCCUUGCCCACCUCAACUUGAGUUUAAUAAAUAUGGUUGUACUUUUAUUAUGAAAUAAAUGUCUGUAACUGCUGUACACUGCUGUAAACUUGUUAGAGAAAAAAUAAUCUGCAUGUGUGCUCCCCAAUUAUUGUUAAUACUAUCUCAGUCUGGGUGGGGGCAUUCUCAAGAAAUGAACUUACAGAAAUACAAAAGGCCUUUUUAUCCUUUAUCACUUCCUUUUCACAUGCUGCAUAUUUAGCAUUUAUUUCCCUGUCAGUUUAGCCUAAGGACCAAAGCCAGGCUGGCUUGAGAGGAGAUCGUGUGUAUUUGUGGUCCAUGUGGAGUUUUAACUGCUUUGAAGAUAUCUUAUGGGUAUAUGUUAUUGUGAGGAAUCGUUCCAUUUUCAUAAAAUGGCUCAGCACCUCUGCCGUGGCCCAGGGUGCUCCUUUGGAGAGUAUUUUCCAAGCAGUUUUAGGUGAGGGUGACCAGGCAGGGCCAGAUUGUGUUGGUGGAUUUCGUACAAUCGAAGGACAGCAGAGGAACUUGUGUUGAUGCCAUGUGGAAUGGGACUAGGUCUGAGUUUCUUCCUGCCCUUCCACAUGGAAGUCAGUCAACUCAGAAGUAGUCGCAGGAGUUCUCAGAUUGUAGCUCAUAAUCCUGCCCAUUCAGAAGGGAUUGUGAGCUAGGACUUUUUAAGUAAAGGCUACAAUACUUGAUGGUCCCAGAGUACUGCACUUCUUAGAAAGUGGUAGAAAGAAUUUUCUUUCUACUUUUUGGAAAAUUACUUAGGAAUUUAAAUGAGUACAAGAUGCCCUUGCCUUACUCCAUUUUCUCAGCCUCAUUUCCUUUUGAAUUCUUUGACUGAUUUUCUGUGUAGUAGGAAAGUCACUCUCCACUGCGAUCCUUCGCUCUCCCAGAAGUCAUGCACUGGUGGUCCCCUUCCAAAGGACCUCUUUCUGUACUGGAAGCUGCCAUACCUGGCUUUUUUCUUUUGUUGCUGCUGUGUUGAGAUAAUUGGAGAGAUCUUUAUUCCAUGCAGGAAUCUUUUUUUUUUUUUUAAGAAAAACCUAUGGAUAAAUUACUGAUGAAAUCAUGUGUGCGUGUCUAUGCGUGCAACAUAAAAAUACAGUAGCACCCAAGGAGCUUGAAUCUUGGUUCCUGUAAAACUGCAAAUUGAUGUGGUUAAUUUAAAAAUAAAGAACACAAUGACUGUGGUGUCA